AUGUCUUCAGCGGCGAAUUUACCGUCGCUGGAAGAGAUGUAUCGUCGCCGCCCUUCAUUUGAUCGGCCUCCAAUCCGAGCACUUGACUCACCUCGCCUUACUGCUGAAGAAGCUGACCAACUUACUAGUCCUUUCUUUCAAGCCUAUAAUCCUGAUAUGCCUCCUGCAUGGGAAGUACCGAAUAUGAUCAACAACAAUCUCCUCAGUAUCGCAAGUCCUGAAUACGAUCCAUCUCACUUCUCCGCUCCGAGUUUGCUGCGCAAGACAUGGCAAACUGGAGCAAACGCUGUGUGGUUUCUGAUUUCUUCGGUGUUGUGGCUGUUGCAUGCUGUUACUAUACGCCCUGUGAAAGCUCUUGGGGUGCUGCUUUACGAUUGUGUGGAUUGGACCGUUUACAAAGCAUCUCAUAUUGGUGAGUGGGUAUCUGGAAGCGUCUACAAGAGGCGUGACUACAAACUCAAUCGUGCAUACGCCGGCAGUCCUUCUACCAUUCAAAUGAUCUCCAUGUUGAUCUGGAAGUUCCUCUACUUUUUGGGAAGAGUCGUUCGUGCUCCAGUGGACUUGGUCUCUGGCUCAUUCCAUUCCUUCUAUCUCGCUCUGUCACGCAUGUAUCAUGCCGUUUUGGCGAAGAAAAGUCGUCAAGUCGCCAGGGAAAACGCUAUGAAGCAGAAGUAUGAACCAGCUAAGCUCUACUUCACGUCUUCUUCAAAGUUCCAGGAGAAUACGCGCGAGGAAGAAUAUGACAGCGAUUUCAUCGAUGACGAAGAAGAAGAACAAGAAGGACCUGUACCGACGAGAGGCCACAGUCCUCGCUACCACCAGAAGCAGUACUAUUUGCGUUCCCGUAAUAUGCACGCUGAUGACUCAGAAGAUGACACUCCGAGAAUGCGUAAAAAUGUUCGAUUCGACAUGGCGUCGUCCGGUAUGGGGCAUGGUACGGGCCAAUCUCGCAACAUGUCCAAGGUUCGUUAUAUCGUCGUGUGCCUAAUGUGGAAUGAUCAUGUGAAUUUGAAUUCUUAG